AAUGAGACAUACAUGCAGAAGGGACCAUGCCAAAGACACAUUCAUAGUCUUGUUAUGAAGAACCAUCUCACUUUAUAUUUACUGCCAAUCCUGGCUCUAGCAAGUUUGCCCGUCACGAUAGGUGAGCCAGGUUCUCUCCGUCCGGUGCUGUCUGGCCCUGACAGAGCCUACCUCAACACCAGGGUGGUCUUCCGCUGUUCUGCCCCCGGCUUGUCCUCUCGGGUCGCCUACAGGCUGAUAAGGGAUCGUCGUGUCCUGGUCGCGACAGAAGUCAGCCCCAAAGGGGACCAACCUACAGCGUUUCCCCUGAAAGUCAACACAGCUGCAGGUGGCUCAUAUCAGUGCAGGGCGUUUGCUGGAAGAAAAACGGGACUCAGCAACAGGAUCAAACUGACUGUAGUCACUCCGCCAUCAAACACAAGGGUGACCUCUGAGCCCUUUCCGCCGGUUGCCUACGAGGGGUCAAGAAUUGUCAUGAGCUGCGACGCUGAGAGAGGUUCCGACCUUAAGUACACCUGGCACCGUAACAGGAAGGAAGUGACCUCAUCGACCGCUGGAUUCGUUAUCGCUGAGAACAAACUUGUGAUGGAGGAGGUGACUGUGGACCAGGAGGGAAGCUAUAGCUGCGUUGCUUGGUCUGUGGUGCGAGACAUCAGCAGGUAUUCAACCAGCGCAGAGGUCAAGGUGACAGUCAAAGUCAAGAUUUCAAAACCGGAAAUUUCCAUCUCCGUUUUCAAAGACGGGGAGGAUUACCAUGGAAAUGUAACCUGCCGGUCCUCAAGAGGAAGUCCGCCUGUGAGCUUUUCUCUGCUGCUGGACGACAGGGAGGUGAGGUCUGCUACAGCUGCAGAGUCCCUCGCCGCCUGGUUCGAUGUUCCUGUUGUGAUCGGGCUGAACAUGGGAGAGGCCCGAUGCCGAGGGAGAACGGAGGUGCAGGACCUGAAGAGUGAGGCCCUCGCUCUGGAAGUAGUCCCGGUCGGGGCGGAUGUGAGAGUGGAAGUGGACUAUCUGUACAGCGCUGAGGCCACGCUGACCGCUGCCAGGCUGAGCUGUCACAUCAGCAGAGGGACGUUCCCACUCUUCUCCUGGCUCCUCAACGACUCCGUUCUUCUGCCCGAGGAGAUUCAGCCUCAGGCUGUCCUGACCCACCAAAAGAAAGUCCUCUUCCUCACUCAGCUCAGCGCAGAGGAUUCUGGGUCUUACCGCUGCAGGGCCAGAGACAGCUACGAGGACUCUGGGCCCUGGGCCGAAAGCGCCGCUGUACUUAUCCGAAUCACCGAGGAAAACCGCAACUCGGUGGCUCAAGCAUCACUCUGCAGUGAAACUUCACAAAGGUUUCUUACUGAAGUUAUCACCUUAGUGUUCUGCUGCUUCUUCCUGCUGAUGCUGGCAGUGGCCUCCGCCUGUCUGUUCAAGUUGCUUGACCACUCCCCAGCUCCUACCAAUGUUUCUGCAGCUAACACAAUACCAUUUCAUCUCUCUGAGCCGGAGUCUCAGACGGAUACUUUGUCCCGUCAUGUCCGGAACCAGGUAAACCUAGAAUACACCAGAGUUAAUCAAGUUUUCUGACAUGUUGAUAGAAUACUUUACUUCAAAACCCCAUAUUUUUAUUUUUAUUUAAAGCUGUAGUAACAGCUAUACUUUCUCUGCAGCACUUUCAUAAAAUGAUACAGAAGUAAUCAAUAGAGGGUGCACUUACACUGUGCACUUAAGUCUAUUGUAAUGUUUCCAGGCUGGAGCAUGUUGUUGCUCUCUGGAAAGAAAUGUUACCAAUAAAAUUAGUGGAGGUCCUUUAUUGUUACAGUUGAUUAAGCAAAAUUAUUAUUUUUGUGUGUUUUAAUGUUAAUUCAAUUUGUGCUUUUUCUCGCAAUGACCCGUGUGCCGUGUCUGCUGGGUCUCCCUCAAAAAACAAAUGAUAAUCACAAAGAACCUGCUGGUUAAAUAAAGAAUAAUAAACAAAAGUUUUUAGAAAUAAAGUAGUGCACUGGAAAAAAUGCUUCCCUGUUAUGUAGGUUAUAUCUACACAGCUACAGCAUGGACGCAUUAAAGUCACACUUAUCGCUGUUGUAUUUGUAAAUGCAUAACAUAAAAUAUUUUUGCUCUGCAGCAGAUGUGAACAUGUCGGCCAUCUGUUACCUGCUUGUUUCAGCUUUUAACCACUCAUCAUCUUGAGGUUUGCUUGCAGGUUGAACACAGUUUAAAUCAGCCAAGAGCACUUUAAGCUUCUUCAUUCAGGCUGGUCUUUGGUCUUUCAGCCCUAGAUGCUUAAAAUAUGCUCCUACGUCUUAGAAAAUGUGAUUUUGGCUAAAGUUUAAGCUUUCGGUUGCAUCAGUUCUUCUUCAUAUCUCACAGUUUAAUCAGUGGAUGCAUGUUGCUCAUUUGCUAGAGCAGAAAAACAACCACAGCAUGUCAGCCGCCUUGUGAUGACAUGUGAUCUCUGAGAGCAACAGCUGCAGGAGUUACAUGCAGGUCUGGUGAUAGUGUUUGGUGGUUUUGAAUUCGCUGAGUAAAGCCUGUUUUAUCUGUUAGCCGUCAGUGGAGCUCAAAAUGUGGGCGGAGUUUAGGCAAAGCGAGGCGAUCCGCCUCCUGUUGUUAUUACUGGCGCUGCAGGAACAACAGCAGCAAGAACAAUUCAGUCAACUUUUUAUUCUUUUUUUUUCAUACAUUUCAUCUUUACUUUUUUUUUUUUUAAAUGCAAUUAGAUUCUUUAAGUAGUUUAGUCAGAUUUGAAUGGAUUCUAAAAAUAACUGCUACUAAUAACAGAGUUUCAUAUUUUUUGAAUAAUUCAUUCAUUUUGAAUGUUUUUCCCUUUGACAAUUGAAAAUGUCUAAAUAGAUCACAUUCAUAAUUAAUUAUAUAUAAUUUCAACUUUCCCAUAUUGUUAUCAAUAUGUUUCCUCUGUAAUUUUAUGAUUUGUAUUUUUGUCGCCUUCUGAACAAAAAUACAAUGAAUGCCUUUUUUUUGUCA